GUUAAGGCAACAUGCGGUUCCUUUUGUUUUAGUUGUACUUAGUUGGCUUUCGUCCAUUAACACCACCACAACGGCCAAGCUAUUUAUAUUUGUGGUUUUUAGUGAUGAACGAAAGCGUACUCUAUAUCUGAAACAGCCCCCCGGUCUAGCAUUUGGAUGGACCCUUAUUCUUCUGGAGAAGAACUUGCUGUCAAGGAAACCUUAUACAAUCACUAAGCAAAGGGAGCGAUGGACAGAUGAGGAGCACAAUAGGUUUCUAGAGGCUGUUAAGCUCUAUGGACGUGCUUGGCAACGAAUAGAAGAACAUGUAGGAACCAAGACUGCAGUGCAGAUCAGAAGUCACGCACAAAAGUUUUUUACAAAGCUAGAGAAAGAGGCUCUUAUUAAAGGCGUUUCAAUUGGACGGACUCUUGACAUUGAAAUUCCUCCUCCGCGUCCUAAAAAGAAACCAAGCAAUCCUUAUCCAAGGAAGACAAGUGCAGGAGCUCCUACUUCACAUACAGAAGUGAAGGAUGGUAAAAUGUCGCCCCCUGUUUCUUCUUCGUAUGUGCAUAAAACCACACUGGACUUGGAGAAAGAGCCAGUUCCUGAUGAGCAACAUGGUGAUGAUGGAAAGAUGGGAAGCUCUAAGCAGUACGAAGAUGAGGGCAAUGUCUCUGAGGCUGUGACCCUUUUCAAGACAGUUGCUUGUACCUCUCCAUGUUCAAUAAUCAAAAGUUCCUUGACAACUUCAAUUUCACCUGGAAACUCAUACGGUGAAUUUCUCCAGAGAUCUAAAGGGGCAAGUAAUGAGGAUGAAACAACUGAAUCCCAUAUCACCAUUGAACAAGGACAUCAGAAAGACAAAUUUGAUAACAGCAAGCUGUCUCAGGAUUAUGGCUUAUGUAACACUUUGAACAUUGGAAAUUCUCAACUUUUACAUGAGAAAUAUGUACAAGAUGAAGGAACAGAUGAGCUGAAUCAUUCCAAAAAUGUUGAUGCAAUUCUGAACAGUGAUGUGCGAGACUCUCAGAACUAUCCUAGACAUGUUGCAGUUCACAUUCCGGAUGGGAGCUUAGGAAUGAAUACACAGAACGUUUCCCCAGUUAUACAUUAUCAAGAACCUAUGUUUCAUCAAAUGGGGGGAGUUAAUGGCCACCCAAAUCUAUUUGCGAAUCCGACUUCAUCUGCUGCUUCUGAACAACAAAGUAAUGGAUCGUCUUCCAUUCAUCAAUCAUUUCCUAGUUUCCAUCCAAUCUCAAACCCAAUCCCCAAUCAAGAUGAUUACCCAUCAUUUCUGCACACGUCAUCUAUGCUUUCAAGUCUUAUUGUAUCUGCUUUGUUACAAAAUCCAGCAGCCCAUGCUGCUGCAAGCUUUGCAGCUACAUACUGGCCAUGUGCAAACGUGGAUUAUCCGGCAGACCACCCUGCAAGAGGAUUUCAGUCAAGGCAGAUAAAUUCAGCUCCUAGUAUGGCUGCAAUUGCUGCAGCUACAGUAGCAGCUGCAACGGCAUGGUGGACGGCUCAUGGCUUACUCCCAUUUUGUUCUCCAUUUCAGCCGGGCUUUACAUGUUCUCCCCCAUCAACAUCAGCUGUUCCAAUGGAUAUGAGUAAAGAUAGAGGAGCUAAUACUGAAAGAAGAGAAAACCCUCCUGAUCCUGCCACCUUAGGCGGUCAACAACUAGAACCAGAGUGUUCUGAGGCUUUGCAAGAACAGCAUUCAGCUUUGAAGUCACCAACAUUGUCGUCGUCAGAUUCUUUGGAAAGUGAAGGUGCACAGCGAAAUGUCGGAUUAACUGCUACUGAAACUAAACAGACUGCAGAUGCAGCAAUGCUGAAUGAUUUGAACAAGUCAAAUAGCAGAAAGCAGGUGGACCGCUCUUCAUGUGGAUCCAACACACCUUCCAGCAGUGAAGUGGAGGCAGAUGCUUUGGAGAAUCAUUCAAAAGGAAAAGAAGAGAAGCAUGUGAAAUAUAAGGAGUCAAAAGAACCUGAUGUAAAUCAUACAGCUCUCGACUCCACUAGUCGACGUUGUAGAAGCACCAGCAAUAUAAGUGAUUCUUGGAAGGAAGUGUCUCAAGGGGUAACUGUAUUUUUU